AUGAUUGCUGAAGUCUCUGCUAGUAAUAAGGGACAUGCAACACCUACUCUCUCUCCAGAACAAGUGGCUAUUCUCGUUCUCUAUGGUGCCGCACGGGUACGACAGCAAGUAAAGAGCUUGAAAAAUCUGCAAAAAAGCAUAGCUUUGGAGGAGGUCAGCACUGAGCCUGACUCGGAUAGUGUGGACGAGCCGCAAUGCCACUGGCUCAAUGAGUUCGAGAUACCUAUCCCUUGCACUCGCGAUUACCACGCCAGAGAAAUUGUUUUCCAUGACUUAUGGCGUAAAGGCUAUUAUUUGACUAGUGGGGAACAAUUUGGGUGUUCUUACCUAGUCUAUGAAGGUCUCCCUGGUGAGGUUCACGCUAAAUAUUUGUUAGAUUAUGUCAUGGAGGAAGAAGAGCUGUCAAUUUUAAAUAUAAUCUCUCUUGUUCGAGUUGCAACCCAGGUAAAGAAAGUUUUGCUCCUAGCAAUAGUGGCUUCUGAUAGCAAUCAACCUCAUUAUCUCACUUUCAAUUGGUUCAAACCUUAUUCGAAAGAGUUCGAAUAA